AUGAACAGGCAGCUGGUUCGCCAGCAUGGCGAGAGGUCUCUUUCGUUGUGCUUCGUUGCGCAGGAUUGGGAGCUGGGCGCGACAGUCUUGCAGAAGAUCCAGGAGUCCGUCCCCGGAUUCCUCGAAAAGGUGCUCACAGAUAAGGGAGAUUCGAGGUGGUACAAUAUGGUCUACAUCGCAGCCAUCGAGGAGCACAGCGGCAACCUCGAGUCCUCGUUUCGCUGGCUCAUCAAAGCACUCGACAUCAUAGAGACCAGCAGGUCGAGGCUGACAGACGUGGCCGACCGCAGAGAGCUCUUGAACGUCAUCCAGUCCGCUGAGCUCUUCGCUGGCUUGGCCCGAGUGUCCCUCCGCCUGUCUGCGUCUCCGGUACCAGGGAGGAGGCUUGAGGGACUGCAGACGGAUCACUGGACUUACCACGGCCCAACCUGGGCGGAUGAAGCACUGGCGUUCCUGGAACAGGGCCGAGCGCGAGCGCUCCUCGACUUGUUCACGUUGGAGGAACCCUCUCAGGAACGCUAUCUCGAAUGGUUGCAUGAUCUACGGAAGCAGGAGUGCGACAUGCGAGACGGCAAGAUCACUGAGACAGGAGGCGCAGGUCACGAUAGCGACCUGGCAGCCUACGUGGAGAGGCUACGAAGCAGUCUGGGGGAAGAGAUGCAGUCGCCGAGCCGGGCCAUGAUACUUAACCAACUGCACCGGCCACACUUCGCCGCCGACACGGGAGCCCUCUACGAAGCAAUUCCCGAGGACGCCCUCGCCAUACACAUGAACCCGUCGCGCGAUGGCGUCCUCGUUCUGUAUAUCAGCAGCAAGGGCGUCGAGCUCGCACGGCCGAGCUCCUUUACCGACCAGCAAAUGGAGGCGCACGUCCUGCAAUACGUCAAGCUUUUCAAGAUCAAGAAGGGCAAUAUGAACUCGCUGCCUCCCAGGGCGAAGUGCCAAGCCCCGCUCGAAGACCUGUCAGACGACAUCCUCCGCCCAGCGCUGCGGCUCAUCGACAGCAAAUCGCACCUGAUCUUUGUCCCGUCGCAAUCGCUGAACAAAUUACCCUUCUCGGCCCUUCUCCUGCACGGAGAGCCUCUCUUCAUGCGGAAGGAGGUGUCCAUGGCACCGAGCCUCUCGGUUCUCCAGCACUUGGUACGCAACCGAACACGGGACGGUACAUGUCCUAGCAGAACUCCUCUGCGCGCGACCGUCGUCUACAAGGCCCCGACCGGCCCCCCUGAAAAAUGGCUCGAAUGCUCGGCGGCCGCAGCCAUCGAGAUCGCGGGCCGGUUGGGCUGCAGCCCCAAGCAAGCCCACAAACUCGACCUGGGGGCGUUCAAAGAAGCGUACACGACAUCGGAUCUCAUCGUCAUCUGCACGCACGGCUUGCCACGCAAGGCGCCGUUGUCCGCGUGGGAGUCCAGCAUCGAACUGCAGACGAACCUGCCCGUGCUAGAGCUGGUGCCGCUGCGUAGCCGCGCCGCAUUGGUGGUGUUUCAGGCCUGCGUCAGCGGCGUCGGCGAGAGCUCGCUCGGCAACGACGUGCUGGGCUUCGCGCACUCGGUGCUGGCGUCGGGGGCCGGCGCGUUCGUCGGCGCCCUGUGGAAUGUGUCCGACCUCGCGUCGGCGAUGCUCAUGGCGUUCCUGUUCCGCGAGGUCACGGCAACACAGACCGCAGCCGGUGGUGGUGCGUCUAGUACCCUCGCGGGCUGCUUACGCCGGGCGCAGAUGAGGCUAUACCGGAUAGAUGCAUCGACUGCCAGGGCGGUGCUGCAGGAUUUCAGGGAUGCGUGCGCGGGACUGGAUGAUCGGGCGUUUGAUAGGCCAGGCCACAAGAGGAAGAUCUUGAACCAGUUAAAUGGCAUUACUCCGGAGGAAUGUGAUUUUUCUCAUCCUUUCUUUUGGGCGCCGUUUGUCCUGGUUGGUCACGGGGGUCAGACGCUC